AGACGACUGGUGCCGGGACGAGGUGGUCACCAUUAAGGAGGACAAGUAAAAAGCCUCCUCGGAAAAGAAGCUUCCAAGACGCCAACAGGUGUGCCAUCGGUGCCCGUGAGCCGCAAUGGGCGACUGGAGCCUCUUGGGGAACGUCCUGGAGGAGGUCCAGGAGCACUCCACCUCGGUGGGCAAGGUGUGGCUCACCGUGCUCUUCAUCUUCCGCAUCCUGGUGCUGGGCACGGCGGCCGAGUCGUCGUGGGGCGACGAGCAGAGCGACUUCCUCUGCGACACGCAGCAGCCCGGCUGCACCAAUGUGUGCUACGACCGCGCCUUCCCCAUCGCGCACAUCCGCUAUUGGGUGCUGCAGAUCGUCUUCGUGUCCACGCCGUCCCUCAUCUACAUGGGCCACGCCGUGCAUGCCGUGCGAGGUGAGGAGAAGCGUAAGCGGCGGGAGCAGGAGGAGAGGGAGGCCAGAUCGGAGGAGGGCGAGGCCGAGGUGGAGGGCGAGAAGGAGUACCUGCAGCGGAGGGAGAGCGGGAAGGAGGCCGGGGCCGACGGGCAGAACCGUCUGCGCCUCAAGGGUCCGCUCCUCCACACGUACGUCCUUAGCAUCCUCAUCCGCACCGCAAUGGAGGUGAUCUUCAUCGCCGUGCAGUACAUGAUCUACGGGGUGUUCCUCAAGGCGCUGUACCUGUGCACGGCGUCGCCCUGCCCGAACCCGGUCAACUGCUACAUGUCGCGGCCCACCGAGAAGAACAUCUUCAUCGUGUUCAUGCUGGGGGUGGCCGCAGUGUCCCUGGCGCUGUCCGUGCUCGAGCUCUACUACCUGGGCUGGAAGAGCCUGAGGGCGUGCGUCCGGCAGAAGGCCGCGCGGCGCACCCCGCCCGUCGUCACGCCGACGCUGCUGGAGCACGACGGCCCAGUCGCCCCGCGGAGCCCGCCUCCCGACUUCAGCCGCUGCGUCGACCCCCUGACCUCCAUGGCGUCCGUUCCCUUCAGCAACAGGAUGGCGCUGCAGCAGAACUCGGCCAACAUGGCGGCCGAGCGUCACCACGGCGGGGACAACCUGGAGGACGACGAGGACUUCCUGCAGAGGUACCGGCCGGCCGGCGCCGCCCCAGGGCUGCCCAACAACUGCCACAACAUGCCACCUCCGCCCUCGGGCUACGUUGAGAACAAACGACGUCUGAGCAAGAUGAGCGGCAGCAGCGGGCGAGGGAGACAAGACGACCUGACCAUUUAAACGAGGGACCUUCAGGAACCACUUUGAACUAUACUGUAAAUACGCAGGGUAACAGAAGGGAUGCCUGACAAUUGCACUUAUUUGUUUUUAAAGUGGGCACCACGACGGACUAGUUGUUAGCAUGUGUGCCGAACAGCUCAGCUCCUGCCUUCCUGCGUGGCUUUGGCAUGUUUUUCCGUGUUUUCAAGGGUUUUCUGGGGGUAUUUCAGCAUCCUCCCACAUUCCAAAAACAGUUCCCAGGGGUCCUAAUAACAUGUCAGUGACAUGAUUUCGUCAAAUUAGGUAAAAGAGCACAGUUCAUUAUUGAUUUCUUGUCUUAUGAAAAUUUGCCCAUUUUUUGAAGCGGUCCUCUUUCAUGCAAAUGAGCAACUGUAAUCCCGCCCAUAUCCUGCUGUACCAAUGGCAAGUCCGGUUUUCGUUGCCAUGACGGGGGCAGAUUCUGAGCAUUACAACUGGAGUGAGUAGUAGAGCAAAGACCAAAGUGCAGGGGGGGAACGAGUCAUAAAGAAAAUAAUUUGCGCUCCUGGAGGUAGCAGUUCAUGUACUGUACAGUGGCGUAUCGACAUAUCAACAAACACAAAUACCAUACCACUAUCGCAUUGACAACUUUACCAAGCACUCAACGAUGUGCCGCAUAUAAGAAGAUAGCACUGUCAGCUAACGCUAAUCUGUGCGUCCAGCAAAAUUCAAUACAGCUCUGCUUACCUUUUGGAUUUCAUGUGAUAGCAGGAAUGUUGCGCUGAUCACGUCAUAGGUGGAGAAACUCUGGUGGGGGGUAGUUAUAAUUAGCCCCACUCAACUGCUGUAUUUGUAUACUGUACAAACAGUCUAUUUCCCAUAAUAUGUCCCCUUUAAAGAGCCUGUAAAGUGAAAUGAUUUUUUUUUUUUUUUUUUACUAAAUACAUUCAUUACACCUAUUUGAGAUAAUUAUUGUAGAACUCAGUUGUCGAUUAGUGUUAAAACUGCUUGUCAGCAUUUCAGUUUUCCUGAUUUUUGGGGCGUGGCUAAACUUUUGAUUCCAGGAUGAGUCGCCCCUCCUCAUUAUAUUACAACUUGAGCACCUUCGUUUGCAUCAGCGGUUAGCUAACAUCUUAACAUGCAGAAAGAAAGAAGAAAGAUUCUGGACAAAGUAGCAUCCGUUUUUCCACGUUGUAGAAGUGGGGUUUGAUUGACAUUUGAGUGGUUUCAGCACAUUCAGUGGACACGCCCACAGCGUUUGAGAACGGAGACAGCGGGGGAUUUUUCACAAUUUUGAAGCCUCAAUUUUACUUUCACUUUACAAGGACAUUUUUUUUAUAGCUGUGAAGUUUCCAUAAAGGUAAUGUGCCUUAAUGAGAGUCAUGUGAGGUGUUACUUCGAAGCCAUUUAUUGUAUGAAAUUUUCAUGUGAGCAGAGCCCAUUCAGAGGCCCGAUGUGGACGACUGUCGUGAUUUUAUAUGGCCACAAGGUGGCGACUGCACAUGUUACGUU